AUGAAGCCGGCGGUGCUGGAAGUAAUGAGGAUGAACCGGGUGUGCAGGAUGGUCCUGGUCACUUCCGUGGGCUCCUUCAUCCUCGUCAUCUUCUAUUUCCAAAGUAUGUUGCACCCAGUAAUGCGUAGAAAUCCAUUUGGGAUGGACAUUUGCUGUCGGAAAGGAUCCAGAAGCCCUCUCCAGGAGCUGUAUAAUCCCACCCAGGUGAGUUUGUCCAACACAGCAAUUCUUCAUCAGAUCAGACGAGACCAAGUGACAGACACGUGCCGAGCCAACAGCGUGUCCAGCAGGAAGCGCCGUGUGCUGACACCCAACGAUCUCAAGCACCUGGUUGUGGAUGAGGAUCAUGAAAUGAUCUACUGCUACGUUCCCAAAGUGGCCUGCACAAACUGGAAGAGAGUCAUGAUGGUUUUGACGGGAAGAGGCAAGUACAGCGAUCCGAUGGAAAUCCCGGCCAACGAAGCCCAUGUGUCUUCAAACCUGAAGACCCUCAACCAGUACAGCAUCCCAGAGAUUAACCACCGCUUGAAAAACUACAUGAAGUUCCUCUUUGUUCGCGAGCCUUUUGAAAGACUGGUGUCAGCCUACAGGAACAAAUUCACCCAGAAGUACAACACUUCCUUCCACAAGCGAUACGGCACCAAAAUCGUGAGGCGCCAGAGGAAAAACGCAACCCAGGAAGCUCUGCGGAAAGGUGACGACGUGAAAUUCGAAGAGUUCGUGGCAUAUCUCAUCGACCCACACACCCAAAGAGAAGAGCCCUUCAACGAGCACUGGCAGACUGUGUACUCUCUCUGCCACCCUUGCCACAUCCACUACGACCUCAUAGGAAAGUACGAAACGCUUGAAGAGGAUUCGAAUUACGUUCUCCAGCUGGCAGGAGUAGGCAGCUACCUGAAAUUCCCCACCUAUGCAAAGUCUACGAGAACUACUGAUGAAAUGACCACAGAGUUCUUCCAGAACAUCAGCUCCUUGCACCAAACGCAGCUGUAUGAAGUCUACAAACUUGAUUUUUUAAUGUUUAAUUACUCAGUGCCAAGCUACCUGAAAUUGGAAUGA